AUGGAAGCCUUGUUAAAAAGAAGGAAGGCAUUGAGAACAACAUUUAGUAGAUCAGUAUCGAAGUUCAAUGAAGUUUGUCAAGAAGAAUUAGAUGAAGCUAAUGCUCUUUAUGACGUAUUAGAACAAAGAUACAAUGAGUUGGAAGAAAUUGAUAAAGAAGUAUUGAAUCUAAUGCUUGUAGAACGACCUGAUGAAGAAAUUGAAGCUGAACUAGCAAAACAGGAUGAAUACAAGAAGGCUUAUGGAUUAAUUAAAUACAAGUUGCGAGUAAGUAACAGAUUAGAAGAUGAAGCUCGUUCUCUCGGCGAUUCUGUAAGUAACAACAGCACUUUAGUACCUAAGCACAACACAGUAAGACUUCCAAAAGUAGAAUUGAUCAAAUUUGGUGGAGAUCCGAAGGACUGGCUACAUUUCUGGAGUCUUUUUCAAACAAUAGAUAGGGAACCGACCCUAAAUGCUGCAGAAAAGUUCCAAUACUUGUUACAAAGUAUGAUUCCUAGGUCUAGAGCAUAUGAAGUAGUAAAGAGUUUUCCACCAACAGCAGAUAAUUAUCCUAAGGCUCUAGAGGAACUUAAAGGUAGAUUUGGGCGGGACGGACUUCUAGUACAAGUAUAUGUUAGGGAGCUGCUAGCUUUGGUACUGAAAAACACAGAACAUAGUUUGUCUCUGAUGCAGUUUUACGACAAAUUAGAAUGUCAACUACGAGCCUUGGAAAGCUUAGAGGUAACAACAGAUAAAUGUGCUUGUGUUUUGUUGCCUUUAGUAGAGUCCUGCUUACCAGAUGAUCUUCUUAGAGCUUGGCAGAGAUGCAGUUUGUCUUCAGAUGGAGAAAAUAAAGAAUCAUCAGAAACAGAAGAGCAGACAUUGAAGAGAUUGCGGCAGUUCAUCAAAUCAGAAGUUGAAGGUGAAUAA